AUGGGAGAACCGUCCCGAAAGGUGGUCGUUUGCACCCCAAGUGGCCGAUUGAUUGAAGUAGACUUCAACAAGGAGGGAACUGUCCGUGCUCUGAAGGAGCAAUUGCAAAGCCAAGUUGGCGAAAGUCCAGCUCGGAUGAUAUUGCUCUGCGGCGACAAAGUACUGCAGGAUGACUGCAAGCUUGAGGAUACCGGAUCUAGUUCUGGCUUGACACUGGUGAUGUCAUCUUUGCCAACUGGCUGUUUUGAACUAUUCUCUAGUGACGAAGGCCCGGCUGGGCCAAACACAACGGCUGAUGUUACGGCAGAGUUUCAGAGUAGCGGGGCUUUCCGCAUUACGAUCAAGGAGACCGAAGUAACUUCAGAUGACGAGGACGAUGACUAUGACGAGUAUGCAGCAGGAGCUGCCUGGGAUCAUGAGUACACUGGCAUUUGUGUGGUUGACGGCCAUGAGCUAAAACUGGCUAUUUCUGAUUCGAAACGCAAGGGCCGCUUCGACACAAGGCCAUGCACGGAGAUCCUGGGUUCGUCAGGCAGUGUCACUGAGCUCAAGCUGCAGCUCCCGCUAGCAGCCGGAGGCUGCAAUCGAGGAACUGCUGGCCUGACCUGGCUCACGCUGCAAAAAGCAGGCUAG